AGAAAUGAGUCCAAAGGAUUUUUUUUUUGAUGAAAAGCAGGAAGCCUUUUGAUUAUUUAUCAAGAAUAUUUUUGUUUAGUUUUAAAAAUGGUUUGAAUAUUCUCUUCUUGAUUACCGAGUUACUUGGUUGUCAACCGUGAGCUGAUGAUUGAGACUUUCUGAUUUGCCGAUAAAGGCUUUAAACUAAUGAGGCAGGAAACCGCCUUUCCGCAUUCCGCAGCUGCAAACUUUAAAAGCUCAGUAUGUCUCACUGUUACAGCGGUUAGCGCAAUUACGAGGAUCGUGCUUUGUGGAUACACCUGAGAAAUCAGAUUGUGAAAAUUCUUAGAGCGGCACAAGGUUAACGAGUAGACGGGGCCAUGAUAAGAUCGGCACGGCGCAACUCUGACUGGAAGGAGAGAAAAUCCACUGUUAUCUAUGCCGCCCGACUGGCCACACUGGGAACAUGGCGGAUGUUAACUCUGGGCACAGAGUUCAGUUCCUGGGCUCAGUCUCCUGAGCCACCUGAGAAUAAGAGGGACAGAAGAGCAGCUUUUACAGAACUGUCCAGCAAAGAGAUGCAGGCAGCGGGAGAUGACCAGAAUACUGCAGAAUGCAGCAGAUAUGACACCGUGGUAGAGCUGGAGAGACCCAGAAAGCUGAGGAACAUGGAUGUCAUCAGCACCCAUGAAAUGUGUCCAUGGGAGGAGAGGAUGGCUCGCUUUGGAGACGAUCUGCCCACCCGCUAUGGAGGUCCAGCGGGCGCCGGGAGAGGGGGUGCCCGGGCAGGAGGUCCCUCGGGCGGUCAAAGAAUGUACAAACAGUCGAUGGCUCAGAGAGCCAGGACAAUGGCUUUAUAUAAUCCUAAACAAACCAAACAGAACUGCUUCACUGUCAACCGCUCUUUGUUCAUCUUCAGUGAGGACAAUGUCUUCAGGAAAUACGCCAAAAGAAUAACCGAAUGGCCUCCAUUUGAGUACCUGAUCCUCACCACCAUCAUCGCCAACUGCAUCGUACUGGCCCUCGAACAGCAUCUCCCCGCCAUGGACAAAACCCCCAUGUCUGAACGCCUGGACGACACAGAGCCCUACUUUAUCGGAAUAUUCUGUUUUGAGGCCGGCAUUAAGAUCAUCGCCUUGGGCUUUGUGUUUCACAAAGGCUCUUACCUACGCAACGGCUGGAACGUAAUGGACUUUGUGGUCGUUCUGACAGGGAUUUUAACAACAGUGGGUUCGCAGUUUGACUUGAGGACAUUGCGGGCCGUCAGAGUGCUGAGACCCCUCAAACUGGUGUCAGGAAUCCCAAGUCUUCAAGUAGUAUUAAAGUCCAUUAUGAAGGCCAUGGUUCCCCUUCUUCAGAUCGGACUGCUGCUCUUCUUUGCCAUCGUUAUGUUUGCCAUCAUCGGUGUUGAGUUCUACAUGGGCAAAUUCCACUUCACCUGCUUUAAAUUGGAUACAGGAGAAAAAGUUGGUGAUUACCCAUGUGGAUUCGAACGUCCUUCAAGAGUGUGUCCCGUAGGGACCGAAUGUAGGCAGUACUGGACAGGACCCAACUUCGGCAUCACCAAUUUCGAUAACAUCCUCUUCGCCAUCCUCACAGUCUUCCAGUGCAUCACCAUGGAAGGAUGGACCGAUGUACUUUACCAUGCCAAUGAUGCCUCGGGCAACACCUGGAACUGGUUGUACUUUAUCCCUCUCAUCAUCAUUGGCUCCUUUUUCAUGCUUAACCUCGUUCUGGGUGUCUUAUCAGGGGAGUUUGCCAAAGAAAGAGAGCGAGUUGAGAAAAGGCAGGAGUUCUUGAAGCUCCGCAGACAGCAGCAGAUUGAGAGAGAGCUUACAGGAUACCUGGAGUGGAUCUGUAAGGCAGAGGAGGUAUUGCUGGCGGAAGAGGAUCAGAAUGCUGAGGAGAAAUCCCCUCUGGAUGGUGCGUGGUACAGGAGGAAACAGAACAACCCAGUCCUGAAGCGUACGAAGAGCAGAAAGGGUCGAAAUGAUCUUAUCAGUGCUGAAGAGGGAGAGGAACAUUUCACAGACAUCUCCUCUGUCGCACCACCUGGAUCACCUUUUGCACGGGCUAGUUUGAAGAGCAGUAAAAACGAUAGCUCCUCAUACUUCCGUAGAAAGGAAAAGAGAGUACGCUUUUUCAUUCGGCGGAUGGUAAAGGCACAAAGUUUCUACUGGAUUGUUCUGUGUUUGGUGGGAUUGAACACAAUGUGUGUGGCUAUCGUCCAUUAUGACCAGCCUGAGUGGCUCACCAAGGCCCUGUACCUGGCAGAGUUUGUAUUCCUGGGUCUGUUUCUGACAGAGAUGACUCUGAAGAUGUACGGCCUGGGGCCCAGAAACUACUUUCACUCCUCGUUCAACUGUUUUGACUUUGGGGUAAUUGUGGGAAGUAUAUUUGAGGUGGUGUGGGCAGCGAUCCAGCCUGGCGCAUCUUUUGGGAUCAGUGUUCUGAGAGCCCUGCGUCUUCUCCGUAUCUUUAAAGUAACCAAGUAUUGGAACUCUUUGCGGAAUCUUGUGGUUUCACUGUUAAACUCCAUGAAGUCUAUCAUCAGCUUGCUCUUCCUCCUUUUCCUCUUCAUCGUGGUGUUUGCCCUGCUAGGCAUGCAACUCUUCGGGGGCCAGUUUAAUUUUGAAGAUGAAACUCCCACUACAAACUUUGACAGCUUCCCUGCGGCCAUAAUGACAGUCUUCCAGAUUUUGACAGGAGAGGAUUGGAAUGCGGUGAUGUAUCAUGGGAUAGAGUCCCAGGGAGGUGUCCGAGGUGGAAUGUUCUCCUCGGUCUACUUCAUUGUUCUCACACUCUUUGGAAACUACACACUUCUCAAUGUAUUCUUGGCCAUUGCUGUUGAUAACCUUGCCAAUGCACAGGAAUUGACAAAGGAUGAAGAGGAACAAGAGGUGGCAGCUAAGAAAAACAUGGCUCUUCAGAAGGCCAUGGAAGUGAAGGAGGUCAGCCCAAUGUCUGCUGCCAACAUCUCAAUAGCAACUUUUGUAAAGCAAAAUCGAGAUGCAAUCUCUCGCAGGUCUUCAGUCUGCAGCGUUCACUCACCUAAAGAGCAGCAGAGGUCACUGCAGAAGUUGUCGAUAUGGGAGCAGCGCACCAACCAACUGCGCAGACACAACGUUCGCAACAGCAGUGAAGCCCUUUACAGCGAACUAGAGCCUGAAGAGCGAAUGCGCGUGUCAUCGGCGCUCCAUCUACGGCCCGACAUGAAGGCCCACCAUGACCGGCCGCUGGUAGUAGAGCACCAAGAUGGUUCUGUGGACAAUUCCAAGAAUGACAGAGAUGGAGACACACCAGACUGUCAACUGUCCUCCGGCCACCCAAGGAAGCACCAUCGAUGCAGAGGAGAAAAUGGAGAUGCAGGAGAGGGGCGGCACCAUAGACACCACAGCCGAAAUAGAGAGCUGCAGAGCGGGAUGGAGCACAGCAGCAAUCAAGAUGGAGGAAACAGGAACCACCACUCGGCUGGUUCUCCUGAGGAGGGCAUAGGGAUGGAGGAGAGAGAACACAGACACCACCAUUCUCGCCGAUCUAGAGAGGUCAACGGGAACGGUAAUGGGAAUGGGAAUGGCACGAUCAGUAAUGGAGGCAGAGGUGAGGGAAGGAUACGAGGUCACAGAGAGGGUGAAGGAGGGAAUGGAGAUAGGAGGAGACACCGGCCACGUGUUAAAGCCCAGUCCACACUGGAUGGAGAAGAAUGCAGGGAGAAUGGUGGAAAACACAGGGGCAGACCAACAGGAACAGACAGCCUAGCCACCAGCCCUCUCCAGUCUCCAACAGAGGAGAAACCAGAAGACAAAGAUAAUCUAAAAAACAGCACCAGAGUGGGUCCAACUGGAGUCAACAUUCCGGUCACAAUAACAGCCCCACCAGGAGAUACUACCGUCAUUCGCAUGAACAAUAUUGAUGGUGACAGUCUACUGCUGAACGAGGAAAAGAAAGAUCUUGAUGAGCUAAAUCAGAAUGCACCCAAACACAUUCUGCCAUACAGCUCCAUGUUUGUCUUCGGUCCAACUAACCCAGUGAGGCGACUGUGUCAUUAUGUGGUGAACCUGCGGUAUUUUGAGAUGUGUAUCCUUACAGUCAUCGUCAUGAGCAGCAUCACCCUCGCAGCUGAAGACCCUGUGCAGGCCAAUGCCCCACGCAAUGAUGUGCUGAAAUACCUAGAUUACAUCUUCACUGGUGUGUUCACGUUUGAGAUGGUUAUAAAGAUGAUCGAUCUUGGGCUGCUGUUGCAUCCUGGAUCGUACUUCAGGGACCCAUGGAAUAUACUGGACUUCAUUGUAGUCACCGGUGCUUUGGUGGCCUUCGUCUGCUUGAGCUUCAUGGGAUCGCAGCAAAGCGUGACCAGAGGAACUAAAGGCAAGGACUUCAGCACCAUCAAGUCCCUAAGGGUCCUUCGAGUCCUGAGACCAUUGAAGACUAUUAAACGUUUGCCUAAACUAAAGGCCGUGUUUGACUGCGUGGUGAACUCUCUCAAGAAUGUGCUAAACAUCCUCAUCGUUUACAUCCUCUUCAUGUUCAUCUUCGCUGUUAUUGCUGUGCAGCUUUUCAAGGGGAAGUUUUUUCACUGCACCGAUGAGUCCAAAGCCCUGGAGAAGGACUGCAGGGGUGCGUUCCUGGAAUACGGCAGUGAUGGACUGGCCAUGACACAGCCGCGCGUGUGGAAGAAGUAUGAUUUUCAUUAUGACAACGUCCUGUGGGCCUUUCUGACCCUGUUCACUGUCUCUACAGGAGAGGGCUGGCCAACAGUGUUAAAACACUCUGUUGAUGCCACAUAUGAAGACCAAGGUCCCAGUCCGGGUUAUCGCAUGGAAACCUCCAUCUUCUACGUGGUCUACUUCAUUGUCUUCCCCUUCUUCUUUGUCAACAUCUUUGUGGCUUUGAUCAUCAUCACUUUCCAGGAGCAGGGAGAUAAAGCCAUGUCAGAGUGCAGCUUGGAAAAGAAUGAGCGAGCUUGUAUCGACUUUGCCAUCAACGCCAAACCUCUGACUCGCUACAUGCCGCAGGACAAGCAGUCUUACCAGUACAAGAUUUGGAAGUUUGUGGUGUCAACUCCAUUUGAGUACUCCAUUCUGACCAUGAUCGCUAUCAACACAGUGGUCCUCAUGAUGAAGUUCCAUGAAGCUCCUUAUCUGUAUGAGGAGAUGUUGAAGUGGCUGAACAUCAUCUUCACGGCUCUCUUCACGCUGGAGUGCAUUCUCAAGGUCAUUGCCUUCGGCCCUCUGAACUACCUGAAGGAGGCAUGGAAUGUUUUUGACUUUGUUACUGUGCUGGGUAGCAUCACUGACAUCCUGGUUACUGAGAUCAAGAUGGAUAAGAGGAUUAAUCUGAGUUUCCUGAGACUCUUCCGGGCCGCUCGUCUUAUUAAACUCCUCCGGCAGGGCUACACCAUUCGCAUCCUGCUCUGGACCUUUGUUCAGUCCUUUAAGGCUCUACCGUACGUGUGUCUCCUUAUUGCGAUGCUCUUCUUCAUAUACGCCAUCAUCGGGAUGCAGGUUUUUGGUAACAUCAUGUUGUCCGAGGAGUCAGCUAUCAACAUCCACAAUAACUUCCAAACAUUUUUUCAGGCCCUCAUGUUGUUGUUCAGGAGUGCUACAGGGGAGGCUUGGCAUGAAAUUAUGCUGGCUUGUCUGAGCGAGAAGCCAUGUGCCAAUGAUUAUGAAAAUACUGAAUGUGGCAGUGAUUUCGCUUAUUUCUACUUUGUCUCUUUCAUCUUCCUUUGUUCCUUCCUGAUGCUGAAUCUGUUUGUCGCCGUCAUCAUGGAUAACUUUGAGUACCUGACACGUGACGCCUCUAUUCUUGGGCCUCAUCACCUCGACGAGUUCAUUCGUGUUUGGGCUGAGUACGACCCUGCCGCCUGUGGACGCAUAUCCUACCUCGAUAUGUAUGAGAUGCUUCGCCACAUGUCCCCUCCACUAGGUUUGGGAAAGAAAUGCCCUCCAAGAAUCGCCUAUAAGCGGUUGGUGAGGAUGAACAUGCCCAUAGCGGAAGACAGUACGGUUCACUUUACCUCUACUUUAAUGGCUCUCAUCCGAACGGCCCUGGAGAUUAAACUGGCAUCAGGAGUUCUGGCUCAGCGGCUUUGCGAUGCUGAAUUAAGGAAGGAAAUAAAUAAAAUAUGGAGUAACUUGUCUUCAAAAACAGUAGACCUACUUGUGACACCUCAUAAACAUAAUGAAUUGACUGUAGGGAAGGUCUAUGCUGCUCUCAUGAUUUUUGACUACUAUAAGCAGAACCGAGCCAAAAGACUCCAACAGCAGCAGACUGCACCAGGCACACAGAGUAAAGUUGGAGUCCUCUUCAGACCAAUGCUUCCUCUAACACACUUGCACGAUCAGGUGCCCCUAGUGCUAAAAGCCUCUUCUCAAUCAGAUACCACACCACAGCCAGAUGCCCCGCCCACAUCCUUUCACCUGACCAAUGGGGAUGCAGUACAAAGCCAGAGCAGUGCCAUGAAAAAGUCUCCAUCAGGAGACAUACCUCAGGAAGUCACACAGGAAGUAAACAGGAGACCUAUCCAACGGGGCCAAUCGGAAGACGUGCCAAACACAUACAGAUCUCAGGAAUUAGUUGAGAUGACUGACAUGGAGAAUGACUCUGAUGGUGGUGGGUAUCCUGUGCUGGAGGGUCACGGCAGAGCUGCCUCCAUGCCCAGGCUCAACGCUGGCUUUCAGCGGAGCCACUUACGCCACACCGCCGGAACGUAUCUAGCACCUAUCGCAGACGUGAGUCCCAUGCGGCGGUCUACGUCCUCGUUGACUCCUCAGAGAGGGGUGCGAGAGGUCACUCUGAGCGAUUAUGACCUAGAGAGACCCAAGAUGGCCCCGGGCCAGACCCUCGCUCAGGAAAGAGAGAGGGAGAGAGCUCAUCAUCAUCAUCACCAUCAUCAUCACCGCUGCCAGCGGCGUAGAGACAAGAAGCACAAAUCGCUGGAUCGAGCCAUCAGUGAGGAGCAGCCUCCGCCAGCAGCAGAUUCAAACACUGAGUCACUGCCAAGGGAACGAGCACGGGAGCGAGACCGAGGCCGUUCCCAUGAGAGGAAGCACCAUUCAUCCUCAGCGGUGGAACGGACGCAGCGAUACUACUCUUGCGACCGCUACGGCGGCCACGAACAAGGCCACAGCGUGUCCGCCGGGCCCAGCAGAUCCACAUCACCAGGAGAACCCCAUGACCCAAACAGGCUUAAACAGGGAGUUAACACAGCUAAAGGAACUUCAGUCGUUCAUACCUCAGGCACCAGCACACCCUGCCGCGGGCGUAGACAGCUCCCACAAACGCCCCUUACCCCUCGGCCUGCUGUUGCCUACAAGACUGCCAACUCCUCUCCGGUCCAGCUCAACACUGCCCAGUCUACAGGGCCCUGCCCCACUCGCCUUAGUCGUGGCCUGUCAGAGCACGAUACCCUACUCAGCGGUAGCACCCACCGCCAAUCUCCCGUGCCUGUCACUCGUAUCGGCUCUGACCCCAACUUAGGUCCCCUCCAGCAAGACUCGCACUUGUCUGAAUCGGACGACUUCCACGAUGCCUUGAGCACGUACGGCACGGGCCGCUCUCCCAGGACUGCAGCCUCCAUCGCUCACACUUCAUCAGGUGCAGCCCCAACUUCCACGCUGCUCUCCCGCAGCCAGAGCGGAGUCCCCAACGGGUAUCACUACUCCCUCGGAGUGAACGCGGCACCUGGGUCGAGCGGUAGAGCAUCUGGAAGCUACCAGGAGACUGAGAGAGAUGACUGGUGUUAGCAUGAUUCAGUCUAGCAUGAUUUUUUAUCAUCUUCGCCCUUACAGGAGCCGCUAAUUUUGAAGGCAAACAAGAGUUGCAGUUUACACUAUUACAACUGUUUACCAUCAGCUUGAGCCUAUAUGGUUUUAUAAAGGUGUUUUCUCUUGUUUCAGAAAGUAUCAGACAUCCUUGUUACUGUUUACGAAAGUUGCGGUUAAUAGGAAAGCACUUGGAGGUCUGGAUAGGUUUCGAACUGAAGAGUUUAGCCUCAAGUGGCGCUCCCCACUUCUCUUAAUUUUUCAUUAGGGCUGAUUCUACAAGGGUCACAUGCAGGGAGAUGGUCACAUCAGCUGUGCCUGUGAUCGAAACCGCAGACCUCAGAGAGGAAAAUGCCCUUAAAACACAAGCUAUGGUGGAAAAUGUGAGACCAUUAUUUGCUAAGAUUUGAGAGCUUCUUUAGACUCUUUGCACAGGACACAAUGACUGAAAAGUUAUUUCUAGGGGUUUUGGCAGUGUGUUCACCAAAACGUUUAAUUUGUUUCUGAAUACAGCAUAAAAUUUCAAUUGUUUCCAGUGGGAGCAUAAUGUUUUAGUGUGGCGUGGCAGCAAGCAUCUGUUCCAAGAGUGUUAUUGAUAGUUGGGAGUUAAACAGUGUUGAUUUCUUGGUGAAAUGUAGCACACGUAACUGUUACUUUUACCUUGUCCAUCCAUUUGCAUUAGAGGAUACCACACCAACCAACCAUCACAUUCUACUUGUAAAAUUAUUGAAUUGAUAUUCGAAUGAUAUUUCAAUCAUCAUAGUUUUACCAGGUAAGCGCCACCAAAGCGCUCUCAAGUGCCCACAACGGGGCAAUUUCAGAAGAGUUGCUGGCAUUUUUGGGGCGCUAAAAAACUCUUUGGUGGACACACAACCUUAAAGUUUGCGCUGCUGUAUUCUACUUCAUUCUCUAGCGUGCGUGGAACAGACGAUCUGCUCCCACCUACUGAAAAAGAAGGCCAAAUUGAACUCACUUUUCUAUCAGACUGCAGUAGAUUGAAAAUCUUUUCACAGUGUUCCAUUUUGUACCUUGUAAAUGAUCCGAGUGUAGCUGGACAUUACGUAAGGUCUAAUCCUUUUCUUACUCUCGAGAGGUAAGAUACCAAGUGCCUAAACUUUGAGAUUUUAUUGCCACAUUGGUGCGUGAUGCAUUAUGAAGCAUUUGGCCUAAAAAGGGCAAUGAAUAGAUGCUAUACGCUAUAGGUUAUAUGUCACUGAUAUUUGUUUCUUAGAUGUACUUGAGCAUGUGUUUGAGGAACGAGAUUGCACAAUACUAAGACUGUAGCGUUGUAAACUUUAGGUGGAUGUUGAUGAUGUCGGUCUUUUCUGAGUGUGUUAUUGAAACGAUUCAGGGGAAAAUAGAUGAUAUAUAAAAAAAACGAAUGCAGUUGGGUAAUAGAAGAUUGAAAGGUUGUAUUUGUUGGUUGCUGUUGAUGUCAGUGUUGUUUCCAGAGGGCACAUAAUGAGCUCAUAUCUUUCUCUUUCAAUAAUUGAGGAAGAGGGUGAGACGGUUUAAAGCGCUUUGUAGAAAUUUUAUAGUAUCUGUUAUUCACCACACAAAAAGAUUCAGUGAAAACUAUAUAAAAUAGAGAAUAUGUUGUUUUCACUUCUCAAUUAGUGAUAUAUUGUAAUGUUUUUGAUGAGAGUUAACAAAGGUUCAUUUAUUCAGAAUAUGAAUAAUACUCUGAUCCUGCCCAUGUCUUCAGUUUGUCGACUUCGGCUGUGUCUUUUCUAUCUGAAGAGUUUAUUUACAUGGUGGUAUUUUUAGGGUGAGCCUGCAAUAGAGCGCAACAGUGGCUGUCUGCGUUUUCAGCGGUUGUGGUUCUGGAAGUGUUUUACCAUUCAUUGUCUUCAUGGGAAUUUCAAGCAACACUGUAUACAAAAAUACAACUUUCUGUUUCGUGGUAUAAAAAGCUGCUGGAAAAAAAACCUGAAACAUUUUGGUGAUUGGCAAUUUUCGUGAUUUUUUGCUUUAAAAAUCUCAACAGUGGCUGUGGCGAUAAUGAAUGGAAUUGUUAACUGUUGCGCUUUAUCAUAUCUAAAUGCAGGGAAAUGUUGACUGUACAGUACAGUAGGGCUAUGCAACAAAGCGACACUUUGGGAGCGCUCCUCAUCCUGUAGCUUUACCUGCACUCAACACAAUCUAGCUUUAGCACAAAUGGGACCAAUUCAACGCUUCACAGAGAUCUUUAUAUAUACGGGAUGUGUAGCUCACCUAAAAAUUCCAGAUUUUAACGCAGAUGCAUUGCUGAUUGUGCUUGAUAUAAUAUUGAUGUGCCCCCUGAAAGUAUAACAGUUAAUGUAAUGGUAUUUGUACUGGUUGCACUAUAGGUGGGGAAUUGAUGUUUCGUCACGCAACCUGUCGCUAAAAGAAAGGUUAAUGUAAAGACGUUUGAUUUCUUUAUUUUUUUUUUUUACAGUAUGUGAUGUCCUAGUGAACUACAGUACCUUUGGCCACUAUUUCCAUUUUGGGAUAGAGAGGAGUGUUGUGACCCUAAUAGAGCUUUGACUUCCCUUUAUUUAGACAUCACCUUUCCUCUUUAAAUAAAAAUAAUAAAAACGGAAAAAAUAUACAUAUAUAUAUAUAUAUGCCAGGUGCCAAAUUUAUUACAGCACUAGUUUGUGUCUGUGUGCUGUAUAGUUUGUCCAACUGACCUGUGGCUAAUCUCUUUGGAUGAUGUCAUGUUUGCAUGUUAUGAUGACAUACGUAUGUGCAUGUAGGAAAUCGUAUACCUUCAUCCAUGUUUUUUCUGUGAGGAGUUAAUUGGCUGUUGAUUAUUUUUUUUUUAGAAACAAUCUUUGAUACACUUAGCCCUGGAUUUCUGGGAGAAAAUUAGAAGACCCUUCACUUCUCGGUUUGUUGUAAAGGAGUUGUUGAAAAUGAUGCACAAGGACGACUGCCUCACUCCUGUGAUCUGAUGAUCGAUAUAAGAUGCCAUAUAUUUCUGCUCAUUGACGCUUAUGUCUUAUCAUUUCUACCAUUUACAUUUUGUAUGAAAAAGCAUCACUGAAUUGAGAGAUAUAUGGAAAUAAAACUUUGAAAAAAAAAAAAAAAAAAA